AUGAAAGAAAAAAAUAACUCAUAAAGAGUCAAAAAGAUAAGAAAACUAUUCAUAAGAAAACACUUAUAAAAGGAGAAUUUAAGUUCUCCAAUAAUUACUAAUGAGGACUUAUUAUCUAAGCAUUAAAGUCAAUGUUCAAGUUUACUGUCGAGUCCUGAAUCAUCCAAAUUUAUUCCUGGUAGUAUGCUAGAAUUCCUCCUAACCAUAGAGGAAAUACACUCUCCACUCUUUAUAUGA